CACAAAUAAAAAUCAACAAACAAAACACAAUUUAGAAUUUUACUCUCACAGUACAACAGUACAAACCCGGUGUCAGAAGUUAAGUGGCCUGUCACUUGGUUUAGGACAAUGAAUUGCUGCAAACUUGGCAGAAUAGUCCUCACAAAACCCAUUUUUAGUCAUCACUCAAAAAUGCCUAAAAUUACAACUCAAUUUUACUCAAAUGUGUAGUGGGAUAAAAUGAUUAAGUGAUGACAUUUUUGAUCACAACAUGGCAAAAGUUCACAAAACUGUGGUGCAAACAUACGACUUAAAGCCAAACUCUUAACUCGUGGAAAAACAACAACUUCAGCAACAGUUUUUACUUUUUAUUCAAAACUUCCUUUGAAUAAUAGAUUUGGAUUGGAAAACUUCAUUGUGUAAAACUACACGACAAUGUUUUGCCAAACUAACUGACUUUUGAGAUUAUGCAAACUAAAAGGUAGUGGUGAAUGGAACAAAAAAUACCUCCAUAUUCUGCUGCGCUCCAGUGUGUGUUUGACAGUGUGUGUAAAAUGUCAGCUUGGUAGCAGUUGUCCCUUAUCAGGUUGCAUUCCUGCUGCAUCUCAUCAUCAUCAUCAUUGGCUCUCCUGGUAAAGCUUUGUCUGCGGUCACUCUGAGUGAGUCCAGGGCUACAUGUACUAAGAGACACAUGACAAAAAUGAAAGACAUAAAAGGUUGGGAAUCACAGGUUUGUGUAAGGGGGUAUAGCUGAGAUAAUGGGGGAAGAUGACGAUUAGAGGAACCCUGCCAGGCUGUGGUGGUGGUGGUGGUGGUGUGUGGGGGGGGAUCAUCAGUUUGGAUGAUGCUCCAUUCUUACCCUGCUCCCAUGGGAAGGGUGGGAUGUCAACAAGGUCCAGUACCAGCUGACAAGCUUCCAGCCCAGCAGCAACAUUAGCAUCUCUUCCAGUGUGUCCAUCCCCCAUUACCACUCCACACCCAGCCGUCCAGCUCUUAGGCUUUGAGGCCAUGGGGAUUGCCUUUUUAGGAGACACCUGAUCACAGCUCAACUCACUCACGCCGCCCAACACAAAGAAACUCUCUGAUAAUGUGAUGCUGUUCUGUGUAUGUGUGUACGCUGACUUUUUGUACUGAGACACAACUGAUGAGACACCAGAAGAGAUCUCUAGAAGUGGGAAAGUGAAGCAGAGACGGAGGUCGGUGGUUCCACCAAGGAGGCUGUUUGAAAUUCUUCAGGAUGUUUUGGGACGAGGCAGUUUGUACUUUUUCCAUAGUUGAGGUGGUGAGGAAGACCUACAGCUGAAGGAGAUCAGCCGUCUAAAUCCCGGGAAAGGUGUGACUGCCUCAGUAAAAAUCUCUUUUUUUUUUUUCGUGAGCCAGCGUGAGCAGAGCCCGGUAUCAUGGAGAAAUUCAAGGCAGCCAUGGUUCUGGGUGCUGCUGGUGAUGCCUUGGGCUACAGAAAGGGCCGUUGGGAAAGCUGCACCUCAGGCAAGAAGAUCCAAGAGGAACUGGUCUCUCUGGGGGGACUGGGGGCCUUGAAACUGGACCCUGAUAACUGGCCCCUGAGUGAUGCUACGCUGAUGCACAUGACCACAGCAGAGGCACUUGUAACAGAUUACUGGUGUCUGGAGGACCUGUACCGGGAGCUGGUGCGUCUCUAUGUUGAAGCCAUGGUGACUCUCAAGGGCAGAGCCCCCGAUCCUGCCACAGCGGAGGGCUGUGCUCACCUCAAGCCUCACAACUUCCUGCUGGCCUGGCAUACACCCUUCAAUGAAAAAGGAUCUGGGUUUGGAGCAGCUGCCAAGGCCAUGUGUGUGGGGAUGAGAUACUGGCAGCCUGAGAGACUUGACAACCUGGUGGAGGUCAGCAUUGAGAUCGGCAGAAUGACUCACAACCACCCCACAGGCUUCCUCGGCUCCCUGACAACGGCCCUGUUUGCGUCCUACGCUAUCCAGGGGAAACCACUUGUGACUUGGGGCCGCGAGCUCAUGAAGGUCAUCCCUCGGGCGGAGGAGUACUGCAGGAAGACCAUACGACACAUGGCAGAGUAUCAGGAACACUGGUUCUACUUUGAGGCCAAGUGGCAGUUUUACCUGGAAGAGAGAGAGAUAGAGAAGGAGGGACAGAACAAACCUGCACUCCCUGAUCGCUAUGAUGCUGAGGAGACAGACAAGAUGUAUAAGCGCUGGAGCUCGGAGGGCCGUGCAGGCCGGAGAGGUCAUGAUGCCCCCAUGAUAGCUUAUGAUGCUCUUCUAGGGGCAGGAAGUGACUGGGCUGAGCUGUGUAAACGAGCCAUGUUCCACGGAGGUGAGAGUGAAGCCACAGGCCUGAUUGCAGGUUGUCUCUAUGGACUCCUGCAUGGUCUCAACCAGGUUCCUUCAAGCUUGUACCAGGAUUUGGACAAAAGAGAACGUCUGGAGGAGCUGGGAGAAGCACUUCACAAGGCAGCAUCUGCAGAGAAGAUCAUAGACAAACCAGAUUCUCGGAAAGCCAGUUUCACCCCUGAUGCCGGUAUGUUGAGGAAGCUGGUUAGAGACCGCAACUGUCGGCCUGUGCUCCGAGGGAUUCUGGAGAGUCUCCUGCAUUAUCUCACACAGAAUCUUCCCAAGUGGACCACCAGAACUGGACACCCGGACAAGCCAGAGUCAGAGAUUUUGGUUGAAAGAAACACAAAUUGGCCUGAUCAGAGAUUUGAGGCUUCAAUCAAUCAGACUCAGACAAGUUGCACUGUUUCUCAGCACCCUGGAGAGCAUGAAACAAAACAGAUAAAGACUGCUGAGAGCAGUUCAAAGAUCCCUGAGAAAUGCUGGUCAGAACUACAAAAAGACAAGCCAAGAGAUCAAAGAGCAGGAGACUUAAUACCCCGACGUCUUACCACAUUCCAGCUCCUCCAAUCUAAAUUCAUACGGUCCACACCUAAACCUCCCAUGACCCACCAAAGGGAGGUAGGAACUCUGUCCUGCAGCAGAGGGAUGGCAGGUAAUGUGAAACACUGCCAAGACAAUGAGCAUUACAUACACAAGAAGGACCGGACUAGAACAGAACAAGGACUGAAGAGGGGAGGCAGUGUGAAAGAUAUGAUAGCCAAGUUUGCCACGGCUGAGCAGAAGGAAAAGGGAGAGAAGAUGAUGAUGAAGACAGAGCCAGUUAAACCAAGACUCAUCGGAAGGGGGAUCCUUUUAUCCUCCCUGAUGGAGAAGUUUGAGACGUUGGCCACUGUUUGCAAGGGAAGUGACUUGAAAUGUUCACAUGAAAGACCUUCUGAAGGAAGUAAUAUAGAACAGAGGGUAGCUUGUCACGAAAGUUGGCGCCAAGAGACCACGGAUCAAACUGUUCACAAACAAUCGGAUAGGAAAUCUGUAAGACAGCAGCUGAGAGCAGAUCAAACUACAAACGAGCAAGAACAAAGACCACAGCAGGUAAAAGUACACUCAAACCUGGAAGAAGAAAAUCAUUGCAAAGCAGAACAAAAGAGCCAAACGGGGGAAGAGUGUCCAGAUCGACAGACUGAGGGUCUGCUAAAGCAUGUAAAAGCUCAAGUUUAUGAUGAGGACGUUAAAGAGAGGAGAUCAGGGGAAAAUGGUGCUAUUCACAUAGAAACAUCUGUCACCAAAAAGUUAAAAUAUGGACAUCUGGAGCUGCUCUGUAUAACAUCUGUCAUUGAGAGUUCGUUCCCAGAACCUAACAGGUUUUUACCUCAGGUGGAAGCCCAAGUGAGCUGGCAUGUGGCGACCAUCACGACCAGCCCUCCUGUGUGGUCCACCUGUGUAGACUCCUCUCCCAAACAAUAUGAACCAUCAGAAAGCUCACACACAAACUUGAAGGCAGAAGUUCCUCAUAGCUCUCUACAGUACUUUGACAGGGAAUCGAGUUCAAGUGAAAGUGCUGCUGAAGUUGGUAAUGGAAGAUGCACUUUACUGCCUGAAACUGAGAGACUUUCUACAUAUACAGGCUGCAAGGCCAUGGAGAACAGGGUAACGGAAGAUCUGGAUCCAACCAAAGCUGUGACCAUCCAAAGAGGGCUGCCCAAGUAUGUCAUCCCACGCGUUUUUAGAUGUGAUUAUCCACACACUGUUGAUGAUCAAACUGAUUUCUUCCCCCAAUCUGCGCCAAACUCAGAAACUACUACUCUGCUGCCACCACCACCACCACAAUUAGAUACUUCUUCAGCAGCUGCUUUUAACAUAGAAUUGGGGACGUGUCCUAACAUAAAACCAAAAGAAAAACCAACAGAGAGGAAACCUCUAGAAAAAGAAGGGGACGCAAGAGAAAAAGUAGCACCAGCGGACAUAAAUGAUACAAAUGUGCCGCAAAGUUUUACACUUUCUGAAGACAUGACCAGUGUGGCUGCUUUUGAAGACAGCAAGACUUCUGCUGUAAUGUCACCUAAUAUUCAACCUGAGAGAGACAGAAAACAGAGACCAAAGUACACAACAAUCAGCUACGGAGAUCCUUCAGUCAGACAGACGUAUAAACCCAAAACCAUACGCUUUACUGACACCUUCACGUUCUAACAGACAGUGAUGCACAGUCUCAGAGCUAGAUGAUUUACACGUCAAGCACUGUUUCUGUUUCACAAGUACUGUUCAAAGAAUUUAAAUCAAGAUUUGAGUUCCUUCAUAUCACCAACAAUCAGAGUGAGUACAAAUUUACAGCAACAAAAACGCAGUGGAAAUAGGUGGAAGAGGUGCUUUUCAUUAAAAGUACAGAGAGCAAAUGUGAUCAUCCACAUACAACAAUUUAGUUUCCUUGCAUUAAUGAAAUGACUCUACAAUAUAAAGAUAAGAAAAAUAUAUCACUUGGAGUCCAGUUCAAUAUUGUGUUAUAGCACAACCUCCAUAUGACCUACAACAGUUACAGUAGCUGACGCAGACCAUAUCAAGGUUGAAUUGUCGCAAACAGCACUGCUAACCUGUUAACUGUUUUUACCUUCUGUACAAUAAUAAGCCUCAUUAUCUUUUCUACAUACAGAACUUGAAAUGUUUCCUCACAGUAACAACACAGUAGGCUGCUUUAAAGGUUUGAAAUGUUCAUAUUUAUGUAAAUGUAUGAAGACAAUAACAGACUUAUGUAAAAGACAUCUACCUCUAGUGUUGCAGAGAUACUGAAGUUAGCAUUCAAACCAGCUAUGUUGUAGUACCACUGUGUAACUCAAGAGGCGAAUGAGGUUCGGUUCCAUGGUCUACCCCCUUGGAUCUGAUUCUGGUGCCCAUGCUGGCACUGUUCCCUCAGUACUCCGAGCUCCCAGUCUGGACCAUUGGCUGCACUGAAAAAUGGGUUAACUAGCUAUUGGCUGUUACCAGCAGUUAGAAUUUACUCUGGUGUUAUGCUGCCCCCUAUUGUUAGGAGUAUGAAUUUGACGGGUUGCCAAUUCUUACACAUUGCACCUUUUAGUGUAGUGUAAUAGUGCACAAGCAUUAAAGGUGCUAUUUGUAAGAAAGGUUGAUUUUUAAUUCUCAUUCCUAGCUCAUCAAAAACCGACGCAUUGGGAUUGUAGGUCGGGUAUUUGAAGAUAUUAGCAACUUUUCUUACAAAUAGGACCUUUAACAUUGUUGCACAAUAAAGUAUGGAGACAAAGAUGUAUUAUCAUGUUAAUAAAUAUAAAUCUAUGUUAAUCCAUCUAUCCAUUUACUGCCUCUCAUCCUGAGCUGGGCUGCAGUGGCAGCAGGCUAAACAAGAAAGUGACGUCCCUCUUCCCAGCAGCUUCAGCUCCACAUGGGAGAUCCAGAGGCUUCUCCAAGAAAGAUGAUCUCAUUGUCAGGUGCAGGAGGCUUAAUGUUGUAUCAAUGUAAGAUGCAGAACUCCCUGCUGUUUCUUUUUACUGUCAAGAUGCAGCAGAGUAUUAUAUUCAACUGACUGUAGAUUCCUCAUGCUUUUUAAAAUAAACUUGUUGAAAUAAUAAAAGCACACUUAUAAUGCUGCCUGA